UUCAAUCCAACCCUGCAAAUGUCAAGUGUCAGAAGAUAGUUUGUUUACAUUGCGUCGAUGCCGGCUCAUAAACACUCAAUCAGGCGAAGGAAAAGGCAAAGGAUUUCAUUAGAAACAAGCAAUCAAAGAUGCCGUCCAGAAAAAAGAUUUCACUGGAAGACAAACAAAAAAUUGUUAAAUUGUAUCAUGAGGAAUACCGAAUGACGGACAUUGCUAGGACAAUGGAUCUGAACAUCCAAACUGUUUCCCGAAUUAUUCAUAAGUUUUUGAAAGAAGGUGAGAUUACAAACAAUUCGAGCGAAAAAGGAGGUCCACACAACAAAAAACUCACUGCGGAGCAAUUGGAAAUCGUAAAAUCGUGGGUGGACGAAGACUGCACAACGAGUCUGAAAAAGAUUUCCGAAAAGUGUGCCCGUGAAUUUGGGGUUAACGUUUGUCAAUCCACUUUACGAAAUUAUUUGAGCGAUUUCAAUUACACUUUAAAAAGAGUGCAACUAUUGCCAGCGCGACGCAAUGCUUCAGAUAAUGUUCAAGUCAGGAAAGAAUAUGCGUCGCGUUUUUUGGAUUGGCAGUCGGACUUAAAUGACCACAACUUCAUGUUUGUGGAUGAAGUAGGUUUUAACAUCUCAUUACGAUGCAAAAGAGGGUGGUCGGUUUCCGGUAAACCUGCAACACAAGUCGUACCAUCUAUCAGAAGCCGAAAUGUAACUAUUUGUUGUUGCAUGUCCCGAAAUGGGAUCAUUGCUUAUGACUCCACGAAUGGGGCGUUCAACCAAAAUCUUUUUCUGGGAUUUCUAGAAAAACUGAAGGAAAGCAUAGCAACCAAUAAUAUCACUGAUCCAGUAAUAUUUUUAGACAAUGUUACUUUCCACAAAACAAACUUAGUGAAACAAUUUGCAGAAGAGAAUAAUAUAAGAUUAGAGUUCCUUCCUCCGUAUUCACCCUUCCUCAAUCCUAUAGAAAAUAUGUUUUCUAAGUGGAAGGAAAUAGUACGAAGAGCUCGCCCAACAAACGAAACUGAACUAAUGAAAGCGAUACGAGAUGGCAGUGAGCUGAUAACUAGACAGGAUUGCGAUGGAUAUUUUCGAAAUAUGCUUAAGUACAUUCGCAAAUGUAUCAAUGAGGAGGAAAUUGUUGAUUGAUAAGUUGGUGUUAGUGUUAUUAGUACGAAUGAUUGAAUUUUUAGUUCCUGUUAAAUAAGAUAUUAGGAUUAAGAAUUUAAGCUAACACCUGUGA